AUGGCCGGGGCGCUGCUGCGCGGCGGGGUGCGCCGCUUCCCCUGGCUCUGCAACGUGCUGCUCUACGGCGGGCUCUUCGCGGCGGGCGACGCGGCCCAGCAGCUGUGGCGGCGGCGGCGGCGGGGGCAGCCGCCCGACUGGUCGCAGACGCGGCGCGUAGCGCUGGUGGCCCUCGCCUUCCACGGCAACUUCAGCUACGUCUGGCUGCGGGCGCUGGAGAGGGCGCUGCCCGGCCGCCGCCCGCCCGCCGUCCUCGGCAAGGUGCUCUGCGACCAGCUCCUCGGCGCCCCCGUCGCCGUCCUCGCCUUCUACACGGGUAUGAGCAUCCUGCAGAGGAAAGAGGACAUCUUUUCAGACUGUAAAAAGAAAUUUUGGAAUACAUACAAGACGGGACUGAUGUACUGGCCUUUUGUGCAGCUGUCAAACUUCAUUUUGGUCCCUGUUUACCUGCGAACAGCUUACACUGGGCUCUGUGGCUUUGUCUGGGCUACCUUCAUUUGCUUUUCCCAACAGAGUGGAGAUGGCACAGCAAAGUCAGCAUUUACGUGGCUCCAAACAGAGAAGGUCAAUGCAGAUGAAGAAUCAUCAGAGAAAUAAGAACUUCAUUCUGAACACAUUCUGAAUUGUUAAACUGAGUUUAUGGAAGUCAGUAAACCGCACUGCAGCCUCACUGCUGUGUUUAAAAUAAACAGUCAUCUCAACAUUUGUUGGUUAGUAUAAG